AUGUCUUCUGGAAAGAGCCCAGCAUCAACUCCGCCCGAAGCCGGCGUAAGUAAUGCCGGCGUCACCACAUCUCCUGGCCCUCAGGGCGGCCAGCAGCAGACCGUUACCGGGAGUCAUGCGCUCGCAUCCAGGGAUCCCCACGCCCAACCACUCGAUCUUAUGAGGCGGAACCAGCGAUCCGAAACUGCUGUGAACACCGCACCUAGCACUCGGGCCCAGCAGCCCGACCGUUCCCGCAGCAGGGCUAAGCGUCGCUUCAGCGGGAGCACGGGAAACAGCAGCCACAGUCCGGGUAGUGAUCGGGGCCACGGUCAUCGUGAAGAAGCAAAACCUGCUCCCUGGGGUGUCAUUGGAAUCUGUGCCCUUGAUGUCAAGGCGCGGAGUAAGCCCAGUAGGAAUAUCCUCAAUCGGGUUAUCGCUAACCGCGAAUUCGAUGUUGUCGUCUUUGGCGACAAAGCGAUUGCCUACGUCAAGGCUCGGCGACCCUUCUGUGUCAACGACAUCCCGCUCCAGCAGCUCCUGUGGGAUAGACGACUUUGCCUACAACUCCUCGACAAGACCAAUGUCCGGACCCCCAAGCGCCUCGAGGUGACCCGCGAUGGUGGCCCUUCUCUCAUGACUCCAGAAAUGGUCCAGCACGUCCGGGAAGUAUCCGGCGUGGAAAUGGAACCAUACGACCCUGAUACCCAUAAACCGCCUCAAGUAGUUGAGCUGCUUGACGACGGUGACACCCUGAACGUGGAUGGCGCUCUUCUGAAGAAGCCCUUUGUCGAGAAACCUACCAGCGGCGAAGACCACAACAUCAUCAUCUACUUUCCCAGGUCUGCCGGCGGCGGGGCUCGGAAGCUGUUCAGGAAGAUUGGUAACAAGAGCUCCGACUAUGUUCCAGACCUUACCGUCCCAAGGGCCAUUACCGAGCCCGGUAGUAGCUACAUAUACGAAAGCUUUAUGCAAGUGGACAAUGCCGAGGACAUCAAGGCCUACACUGUCGGGCCGACAUACUGCCACGCCGAGACACGCAAGUCCCCCGUUGUCGACGGUGUCGUCAGGAGGAAUCAGCACGGAAAAGAGUUACGAUAUGUCACGCCUCUGACCCCCGAGGAGAGAGAGACGGCCAGCAAAAUCUCGACAUCCUUCGGUCAGCGCGUCUGUGGGUUUGAUCUCUUGCGGGCAGGUGGAAAGAGCUACGUCAUUGAUGUCAAUGGCUGGAGUUUCGUCAAGGAUAAUAAUGACUACUACGAUCACUGCGCCAAAAUCCUCAAGGACCUCUUCGUUAAGGAGAGACUUCGUCGCGGGGGCGUCCAGCCCUCUGCGCCAUCCCCUGCCAUGUCGGCGUCUGAGUCGGAUCCGUUCGGAAGGGCAUCUUACCACGCCAGGGACCGGGAUUCCUCGUCUGGGUCUGCACACCCGAUUCCCAAGUCGUCGUCGCAGACGGCCAUGCAUAUAUCGGAAUCAGGGAGCGUAGAAACAUCUUCUAUCAUGACAAGCAGCAACACGUCCCCCAAGAUGGAGUCCAUGGCCCAUGGCGGCGUGCCGUGCAGUGCACCGGCCCCUUCCCAGCAGCUUCCCCCUCCCCCUCCGGAUCUGAUGCUUCCCAGCGCCAUCUCCGGUCCGUCAUCGGCGAUGCCCUCGAUAAGUGGGACCCCAGGUGCAACACCUGGUUCCCAGUCGGGCGACAAGGAGGAGCAGCAGCAGCCCCCUCUGCCCAAACAUUCGUGGAAGCUCAAGGGCAUGGUGUCGGUCAUCCGACACGCCGACCGAACUCCCAAACAGAAGUUCAAGUUUACUUUCCACACCGAGCCCUUCAUUGCUCUGCUCAAAGGCCACCAGGAAGAAGUUCUCCUCAUCGGAGAGGCCGCCCUCGCUAGUGUCAUCCAGGCCGUCGAUGCUGCCUAUCUACAGGGAGUCGAGGACAUGGGCAAGCUCCAAGCUCUCCGCAACGUCCUCGUGAAGAAGGGCAGCUGGCCCGGGACCAAGGUUCAGAUCAAGCCCAUGUUCCGAAGAAAGAAGACGGAAGUGAUGGCUACCGAGGAAAUGCCGGAUCUCAAGGAGGACGUCCAGAGCCCUACACCCGGGCAGUUGGGCCAGAUCAGCAGGCUUUUUGAGGGCCUGCCUAAGACGACGCCGAAGAGACAGGACUCCCUCUCCGGAGUUACCAUGUCCAAAUUUACGGCGGCUGAGGAGCAGCUCAUCCUGGAUAAGCUGCAGCUGAUCGUCAAGUGGGGAGGCGAGCCGACGCACUCGGCACGGUACCAGUCGCAGGAGCUCGGCGAGAGCAUGAGGACCGACCUAGCCCUGCUGAACAGGGACAUACUCGACGAGGUACACGUCUUCAGCAGCUCCGAGAGGCGGGUAACGACGAGUGCUCAGCUCUGGGCAGCGUCGUUCCUGGGGAAGAAGGACCUCCCCGAGGACUUCAUCACCAUCCGCAAGGACCUCUUGGACGACUCGAACGCGGCGAAGGAUGAGACGGACAAGGUCAAGAAGAAGCUCAAGGGGCUUCUGCGAGAGGGGAAUGAGCGUCCCGAGCAGUUCGCCUGGCCGGCCAAUAUGCCCGAGCCCUCCGAGGUUCAGACGCGCGUCGUGCAGCUCAUGAACUUUCUCAGACACGCCAUGCACCACAACUACGGGAAGCUGUACAGCGGUGCUGCGUCGUCGCUGAGCAACCUCAGCAACGCAAGCUCGGACAGAUUGUCGGGCGGGGACGGGUCCGUCUCCCCGGGAUCCCUGUCCGCGGCCAACGCCGUGAACAACAUCCAGCCGCGCUGGUGCUCGGGCGAGGAUGCCGAGCUCUUCAGGGAGCGAUGGGAGAAGCUCUUUACCGAGUUCUGCGACGGCGACAAGGUGGACCCGAGCAAGAUAUCCGAGCUCUACGACACGAUGAAGUUUGAUGCACUGCACAAUCGCCAGUUUCUCGAAUGGGUCUUUACGCCACCAAAGCACAUGAUGGAGGAGUACAGCGGCAAAGAGAGCAGGCGCGGCAAUUCGGAGGACGGAAAGGCGGCGACCGACGAUGGCAGGCACAGCCAAGGCUCGCCGGCCCACCACCACCAUCACCACCACCACUCCCAUCAGCAUGAAGAGCCGGAGAAGGGCGAGCCGGCACAGCUCGGGAGGUCGGGUACUGUCAAGAAGCUCUUCAGGAGGAGGUCGUUCCGAAGCGGCCUGCGGAACCUGGACGGCGAGGCAGUUUCGGAACAGUACUUUAGGCUGUACAAGGGCGCCGAGACGUCCGGGGCCAAGCCGGACCCGAACCAUGAGCCGCUCGAGGAGCUGUACAAGCUGGCCAAGGUUCUGUUCGACUUCAUCUGCCCCCAGGAGUACGGCAUCUCGGACAGCGAGAAGCUUGAGAUUGGGCUGUUGACGUCGCUCCCGCUCCUCAAGGAGAUCGUGCAGGACCUCGAGGAGAUGCAGGCGUCCAAUGAUGCCAAGUCGUUCUUCUACUUCACCAAGGAGUCGCACAUCUACACGCUGCUCAACUGCAUCAUCGAGGGUGGCGUCGAGACCAAGAUCAAGCGAAGCACGAUUCCCGAGCUGGACUACCUGUCGCAGAUCUGCUUUGAGCUGUACGAGUCGGAGGUGAAGCAGCCGGCGGCCGGACCGGACGACGAGCCCAAGCACGCCUACAGCAUCCGGAUCGCCAUCAGCCCGGGAUGCCACGUCUUUGACCCGCUACACGUCCAGCUCGAUAGUCGACAUGCCAUAGGGUGUGCCCAGAGACGAAGCCUGACGCCGCACGGCGACUGGCUCGAGGUCAUCAAGACUCUUCGAGCCAAGUUUACCCAGUGA